AUGGAUUGUCUUUCUCGAUCCAAGCAGUCUUCCAGCUUUGAAGAUUCUCCAAUCUCCUUCGGUUCCUCGUUUGUUGCCGACAUGGACCUGACGAAUCAGCUCUCUGCCGUGUUGGACCGAGAGCAUAACGACACGGUUGUUCAAGAGCUGAAUCUUUUGGACGCGACCCUUCCCCCCGACAAAAUCCUCAGGAAAGUGCUCAGCCCCGACUCGUUUACACGUACCGCGUCUUCUUUUGCCUGUCUGCAGCAAGGCCAGCAGCUCCCAACCUCUGUCGUCGGAUACCGCACCAUCGGAUUCGGGCAGUGUGGCCUCGUCUUCGAAAGGCCCGGCCGAGGAUACGUUCCGAAGGUUGCCAAACCAUCCUACGAAGAUGGUCUCUGGGCCGACUUUAAGGCCCAUUACAGCAUCAACCAGGCAUUCCUGAAGUACCAGACUUCCGAUCGAGUGAUUGAAUGCCGCGUGCCGAAACUUUUCUCGUAUAUCACAAAGGAACAUCAAGGUUGGUGGAAUGAGAGCCGACCGGUUUUCACCACAAUCCAUAACUCACUUUCGCUUCCGGCGCCCGUAUUAAUCUCUCAAAGAAUCCUCCCGUUACCAAAAGUUGCUCGUGAAGCCCUCGUUGCCAAGUAUUGUCCAGAAUCAUCACAAGCACUUGUGAAGGCCAACCCAACCAACCGAGACUGUCUUGCUCGAGUCUACCUCGGUCGGCGUCGAAUCACAACUGCACCAUCUGCAAACUUUACCUUGCGGAACUUCAAUUUGCACCUGGAUCAGAUGGUAGAGCUUGGUCUUCCUGUUCAGAAGAUGGCCGGUGCUAUUGGUGAAGCGUUAGCAAUCGUUCACUGGGCCGCCCAUGUUGAUGGGUACGAUAUUGAGUUUGUGCUGGGGAGUGAAGGGUAUACAACCUAUACACGCGAUCUUUCUACUGUUCUAAAUCUGUCCGCGGAGCAAGUGGCAGCGCUACCUCCACAAACCGACAUCGAAUCUAUGAUAUCAGGGAAACUCAAGCACCGUAUAACCCGUUUAUGGAUGCUGGACUUUAAUCUAUGCAACAUGUGGGAUGAAAACGCAGCCUUCUCGAGCCCUGGUGCAUUGAUAUCACAGUUAGUGAUAUCCUUUUUUGAAAAUGACCCCUAUUAUCCACUUCCGUUGAUGGAAUGUGACUUGGACCAAGAACUGUGGGCAAUCUUUACCGCCCAAUAUAUCCAAACGGCGGCCCAGGUUCUGACUGGAAAGGAUCCACGACUCGCAGCGCUUCCUUUGAAGUUCAUUGACGAUUGUAUCGAGAGAGAGCGGGAUAAUAUCAAGAAUGGACUUGGCCACGGCCACCGUUAUCUCAAACAGUAA